AUGGUGUCGACAAAGCUUCCGUUAGAGUUAGAGGAAGAGAUACUCACUAGGGUUCCACCUUUCUCUCUCCAUCGCUUCAGAGUCGUUUGCAAACAAUGGAACGCUCUUUUCAACGAUAAGAUAUUCAUUAACAACUACUUGGCAUGUGCUCGCCCACGCUCAGAAUUCAUGUUAAUGACCGAUUCCAAGCUUUACUCGGUAAACUUCAAUCUCAAUGACGAAGAUCCAAAUAUAAACAUACGUGAGUUGAUGUCCAUGGAUUUUCGCCUUUUAGAAACAGUUCCCUGCGAUGGGUUAUUCUUCUCAUAUAAAACGACUAGAACAGCCACGGUUUGGAACCCGUGGUUGAGACAGACUAGAUUGAUUAAGAUCGAUCACAUGCCUGACCCUUUCUUCAUAUGUGGCAUGGGAUACGAUAGUAGUAGAACAGAAAAGAGGUACAAGCUUUUUGGUUAUACUAUUGGUCAGAAAAGUGUCGUGAGGUAUGUCAUCUAUGAAUUUGCAAGCAAUGCAUGGAAGUAUUUUGAUGACGACCCAGCAGUGUGCAGAUACUUUUUAUAUAAUAAUGUGUCCAUGCAUGGAAAUUUGUAUUGGGUUUCUAAUUAUAAUUUCGAAACUCGGUGUUUCAUCCGAGUCCUCGAUUGUUCCAAAGAGAUAUUUAAGCCAUUUUGUACUCUACCGUGUAAGAAUAAAGUCUCUUGCUAUUCUCCUGUCCUCGCGGCUUUCAAGGGAGAACGGUUUUCGUUGCUACAACAAUGCAGAAUAACAAGCAACAUUGAGAUUUGGGUGACAAAGAAGAAAAUUACUAAUGCGGAUGAUGGAGACGAUGUGAAGUGGAUUAAGUUCAUGAGUGUCUUAUUACCCAAUUUACCCAUUGUAUGCCAGCUUCACAGUAAAGUGUACUUGGUCGAUGAUAGUUUCUAUGGGAAGAGUGUCGUCACAUGUUGUAACGACGAAACAGGACAGCUUUGUGUCUAUAUUGUGAGGGGAGAUAUUUGCAGGAAGAUUAAAUUAGAUGAUGUGGUUGGUGAGCUACGACGGUGCUUUCUUUAUAUUCCAAGUCUGAUUUCCUUGAGAGACUUUAGAUGA